AUGGAUUCUCUCAACCACCCUUGUCCCGACGGAACUGGUGGGCCGUCGCGGAGUCAACACACCAAUCUCUCGGGGAGCGAGUCUGACACCUCGUGUUAUGACCACCUCCCAGCACAAGGGCAGUCGGAGGCCCAUAGGCCACAAGACAAUGACCCCGCGCUUAGCGAGUCGGAAUUGGAGCCUCGGACACCUCGUGUUCGGAGCGCUAAGACGGCUGCAAGCGAGACGCUGACACGGACGCUCGCUGAUACGAGCGAAAGUGAAAGCGAGAAAGAACGCAAGGCAAAGCUGAGGAAGCAGAAGAAACACCUUCGAAAAGUGCUCCGGCAGAGAUCGAAGAGUGCGGACGCAGCAACCGAGCUAAUGCCGCCACCCCGUCAGCCGGCGCCAAGAGCCGCGCCAAGAGCCGCGCCAAAGGCGGGAGAUAAGCCGAAACCGGCGCAGGUAGCCGAGCGCAAGCCCGGCGGCCCAGUCGGGGACGGCGAAACGGGAAAGUCUGAACCGAAGGCGAAGACGAAGGCCUCGCGGCCGACGACACCGCCGGCGGGAAAUACUCCAGACGGGUCAGAGCUGGCGCAGGUAGCUGGGCAAAAGCCCGGCGGCCCAGUCGGAGCUGGCACGUCUGCCCAGACUCGCCCGGCGGGAGAGACGACGGUCGUAUGGCCGCAGUCUCAACCGUCGGAGACGGCGAAAAAGGUGCGGAAACCGGCGCAGGUAGCCAGGCAGCAGCCCGGCGGCCCAGUCGGUGACAGCGCCAGUAGUAGCCGCGCCUCUACGCCGACGUCGGGCACCGAAAGACGCAAGUCACGGAUCCGACAUAAGAAGCGUAAGAAGAACAAGCAGCCGGACUCGGCGCAGGUAGCUGGAAUACAGCCCGGCGGCCCAGUCGAGGACGGCAAGUCCCGAUACAAGGCAAGCCCUAGCAAUCUUGCGACCAUACAGCUUAUCGCGACGCGGCUCGAGGACGUCCUGGAGCUCGUGGACGACUCUCUAAAACCAGGGCAACUGGUGGAGGAGAAAAGUCUGGGAGAUUUCAGGAAGCGACUGAGAGCAAAGUUGUUUGACUGGGCUAUGGCGCAAUCGGCCCUCACUGGAAGGGUGGAAGCCUUGGAGGAGGAGAUGGCGAAGACGAGAGCGGCGCCUACGGCGCCACCCAAGACCUUCGCUCAAGUUGUUGCCGCUCCGCCCUCGCCAGAACGGAAAACGCAGGCGAUGAUAACCAAAGCUCAGACAGAGAAGGCUACGCUCUUCAUCAAGUCUAAGAGCAACGAAAGUGGCGCAGAAGUGCGAAAGAAGUUCACCUCCCUGGUCAAGCCGGAGGCUGAAGGUGUGAAGUUCUCACGGGUCACUACCAGCGGACCGACGCUCAUCGUUGAUGUGGCGUCUGAGACUGAUCGCCAUUAA